AUGACCACGUUGCCUGGACCGGUCCCAAGAAUGAUGAGACCAUCCCCGGGACAGAAUUACUCUCGCAGCAGCGGGUUCCCGCUGGAAGUGUCAACACCUUUAGGUCAAGGGAGAGUGAACCAACUUGGAGGAGUUUUUAUCAACGGCCGACCUCUGCCAAACCACAUCAGGCACAAGAUAGUAGAAAUGGCCCAUCACGGCAUCAGACCUUGUGUCAUCUCCAGGCAGCUGAGAGUCUCUCACGGAUGUGUGUCCAAAAUCCUCUGCAGAUACCAGGAGACAGGUUCCAUCAGACCCGGGGCCACUGGAAGCAAACCCAGGCAAAUGGCUUUACCCGAGGUGGAGAAAAAGAUCGAAGAUUAUAAGAAAGAGAAUCCUGGAAUGUUUAGCUGGGAAAUCCGGGAUAAAUUGUUGAAGGACGGCAUGUGUGAUCGCAACACCAUUCCCUCAGUGAGCUCCAUAAGUCGCAUCCUGAGGAGUAAAUUCGGGAAGAAAGAGGACGAGGAGGAAGAUUGUGAAAGGAAGGAGUACGACGAUGGCGAUAAAAAGACUAAACACAGUAUAGAUGGGAUUCUGGCCGACAAAGCAACUCAUUCAGAUGAGGCAUCAGAUAUUGACUCGGAGCCAGACUUGCCUCUAAAACGGAAACAGCGUCGAAGUCGAACAACCUUCACUGCAGAACAGCUAGAGGAACUGGAGAGAGCAUUUGAGAGAACUCACUAUCCAGAUAUCUACACUCGUGAGGAACUUGCACAGAGAGCCAAGCUGACAGAGGCGCGAGUACAGGUCUGGUUCAGUAACCGUCGAGCUCGGUGGAGGAAACAAGCAGGAGCUAACCAGUUAUUGGCGUUUAAUCACCUAAUCCCUGGAGGAUUUCCACCCACAGCAAUGCCAGCACUGUCUCCGUACCAGCUCUCUGAUGCCAGUUAUCCACCCACAUCCAUACCACAAGCAAUCUCAGAUCCGAGCAACACGGUUCACAGGCCACAGCCUCUGCCUCCAACGUCAGUUCACCAGAGCAGCCUCCCCUCCACCCCAGACAGCAGCUCAGCUUAUUGCUUAUCCUCCAGCAGGCAUGGAUUUUCAGGGUACACAGACAGCUUUGUGUCUCCUGCCGGCCCCACCAAUCCCAUGAACCCAACUGUUAGCAACGGCCUCUCACCUCAGGUAAUGGGACUCUUAGCAAAUCCUGGCGGAGUUCCUCACCAACCUCAGACUGACUAUGCUCUAUCGCCACUGACUGGAGGCCUGGAGCCACCCACUUCCGUCUCUGCCAGCUGUAGUCAACGGCUGGACCAGAUGAAACCCCUCGAUAGCUUGCCCACCUCCCAGUCUUACUGCCCACCAUCUUACAGCUCAUCAGGUUACAGCAUGGAUCCAGUCACUGGCUAUCAAUAUGGACAAUAUGGGCAAAGUGCCUUUCAUUAUCUGAAGCCAGAUAUAGCAUGAGAGAAAAUGUCCAUAAAAAGUUGAAACAGCCCCAUGUUCUGGACUCACACACAUAACGGGACUAUGAUGCCCCACAACGGUUGGAUCUGUUCCCCAGAAACAAGCCAACUCUUACCCAUCUCUGAUAAUGGUUUUUAUUUGUGAUCAAAUGAAGAUUCCCUGGUUUCAAAGAUUUGGUUAAAAGAUUACUUUUGUUGCCUUAGAAAGCUGACGGUUCUUGUACAGAAAGAAAACGGGGAUAAAUUAAUUUGCAUUUUAUAACCCACAAGUACAAAAAAGCACUUGUGGCAAAAAUCAGAGGCUAAACCGCAAAUGAUAAGUGAGAAAUUUUAUUUUGUCACAAAAAUGAACCGUGCGUUGAAGGAUUCAGCUGUAUU